AUGUCCGACGGCAGGAAGCGAUUCAAAGAAUGUCAGUGUAGGAAACGGCUCGCUGAAAGAGAAAAUACAGGUCCUGGUUCUGGAACGUAUAUGCUGCCACCACUGAUUGGUUUCAAAAACCAUGAUGCUACAAAAUACAGGAAUCCAGCCUACACUAUUUCAGGCUACAUUAAACCAAUAGAUAAGAGAUUAAGCCCAGGUCCUUGUUAUGGACUGGAGAGAAACUUUACACAACAUGGGAGAGAUGGGAUACCUGCAUACACAAUGGCUGCACAUAUAAAGCCAUUAUCUACAUGUCGUGUUCCUGGACCUGGAGCAUAUUGGGUGGAGAGGGUCCCUCCCAUGAAGGAAGAUCGAGCUCCUGUGUAUACAAUGAAAAGUAGAACCAAGCAACGACCUGGAGAUAAGAUACCAGGUCCAAAUGCUUAUGGUUUACCACCUUAUAUUGGUCCAAGGAUACCAAACAAAACUUCUUUUCCAGCAUAUACAAUGACUGGAAAGCCAAUAGAGCUGAAAAGAGAUCGUAUGCCAGGACCAUGUGCAUAUACUCCUGUAAGUUUAAAUAACUUCAAGAAAAAAUACCCGCAGUACACCCUAAUUGGUAGAAACUAUCCACCUGGAGAUAAAAGCAAAAUUCCAGGUCCUCUUGCAUACAACCCUAUGUACAGAGUGCAAACAAAUCCUCCUAGGUUUUCUUUUGGCAUUAAACAUUCACCAUAUACAACUCCCAUAAUUUUGCCAAAUGAUGUUUGA